UAAAAACACUCGCUCUGUUUUUUUUGUUUCCUCUGCAAUGAUUAAAAAGUCAGAUCAACUCAAUCGCCGGAUUUUGUCGUUUCCAGCGGUUCACCCUUGCGAGAGAAUUUCUCCGGCGAUCCUUCUCGGUUCUUUAAUAACUCUCUCUCACACCUUAUGCAAUUACCAGUCUAAGUUAUUUGCAACUCAACGAAGAAAUGCCCGUGAAACUAUUCGCAUGAUAGGAAUUCUUUUGAUAUUCUUCGAGGAGAUUCGGGACCGUGGAUGGAGUCUUCCGGAUUCAGUUGGUCUUUGCUUCACUGAGCUUCACCUUACCUUUCAAAAAGUUCAAUUCUUGAUGGAAGAUUGCACGAGAGAAGGCGCUAAGCUCUGGAUUCUGAUGAAGUCUCAGUUCAUUGCUGCUCAAUUUCGUGUAUUAAUUCGGGCAAUCUCUACGGCCCUGGAUAUUUUACCACUGAAUUUAAUAGAUGUUUGUGGCGAAGUGAAGGAAUUAGUCGAGUUGGUAGCCAAGCAGGCGAGGAAGGCAAAAUUUGAGCUUGACCAAGAUGAUGAACGAGCCAUGAAACGAGUUCUUACAAUAUUGAAAUAUUUUGAGAAGGGCAUUCAGCCUGAUUUGGAGUUUGUGAAGUGGGUUCUUGAUUAUCUUGAUAUUAGAAGCUGGAGUGAUUGUCACAAGGAAAUCAAGUUCUUGGAAGAAAUUAUAGCUACGCAAAGCUCUGUUUUUGAAGAGAGGGAGGUCCCGUUUUUAAGUAGUUUAGAGGGGUUCAUGAGCUAUUGUAGAGUAGUUAUUUUCGAUACUGUAGAUUACCGAAACCAUGAUCAAACUGAAGUCAGGUGCAAUUUGGAGACGCUUAGUUGCUUGAAUCCUGAGGACUUCCGGUGUCCCAUUUCACUCGAGUUAAUGACUGAUCCAGUGAUAGUAUCUACCGGACAGACUUAUGAUCGAUCUUCGAUUCAGAGGUGGCUCAAAGCAGGGAAUAUGAUGUGUCCCAAAACGGGGGAGAAACUAACAAACACAGAGUUGGUCCCCAAUACAGCUCUGAGAAAACUUAUUCAGCAGUUUUGUGCAGAUAACCGCAUUACGCUUGCUAAAACCGGUAGAGAAAGUCGUGACAUAACGAGGACGAUUCUUCCGGGUAGUCCUCCGGCCGCUGAAGCUAUGAAACUUCUAUCAAAAUUUCUUGCAAGAAGGCUUUUUUUGGGAACAAAUGAAGAGAAAAACAAGGCUACCUACGAAAUUCGUUUGUUGGCGAAAUCAAACAUUUUCAAUAGGUCUUGUUUGGUUGAAGCAGGCACAAUCCCACCUCUUUUAUCUCUUUUAUCUUCGUCCGAUCGGUCUGUACAACUAGAAGAGAAUGCAAUAGCUGCUUUAUUGAAGCUCUCAAAGCACACUAGUGGCAAGAAAGUGAUAGUUGAAUAUGGGGGACUGAAAGAGAUACUUGCAGUGCUCAAAUCAGGCCUAAGUUUGGAAGCACGGCAGAUAGCAGCUGCUACAUUGUUUUAUUUGUCUUCCGUCAAGGGGUAUAGAAAGUUGAUCGGAGAAACACCACAGGCGAUCCCAGGUCUUGUGGAGCUGAUCAAGGAUGGUACAAAUUGUGGAAAGAAGAAUGCAGUGGUUACAAUAUUCGGGCUGCUUUUGUAUCCUAGAAACCAUGAAAGAGUGCUCGCUUCUGGUACUGUUCAAGUGCUGGCUGAUAUUCUAGCUUCCUCAUAUAAAGCUGAACUUAUCACAGAUUCACUAGCAGUCAUUGCAGCUUUAGCUGAGAGUAUUGAAGGAACAUUCACAAUUCUUCAGACUUCAGCUUUGCCUGUAAUUGUGGGGCUAUUGCAAUCGUUAACAUCUCGAGCGGGGAAGGAGUAUUGUGUCUCGACACUACUGUCCUUGUGCAGCAAUGCCGGUGAAGAGGUGAUAGCAAUUUUAGCCAAGGACCCUUCACUGAUGCCUUCACUGUAUUCUCUCAUAACAGAUGGCUCAUCUCAUGCAAGCAAAAAGGCACGCUCGCUCAUCAAAAUUCUACAGAAAUUCCAUGAAACAAACUCUUCUGGUUUGAUGGGUUCUAGAGUUCGACAUGAACGACCACUUCAUGUCAGGUAGCUAAAUUAAUUGUUUUAGAAUUUAGAUCCAUUCUGCUGUAAAUACAUGUAUUAUACUAGAUGGUGCGUAGAUAUAUAUACUUUAUUGUUUUCCCUAUUUGAUGAUUAGCUCAGUUUUUUCAAGAGCUAAUUGUACCAUGUUAGUCUGCCUAGUAAAUGCAGAGACACACAAAACAUAUAUUUGUGGUUUGAUCAUUUUUCAAGUAAUAAAUAAAAAAGAUGUGUGAUAUAUGAAUUCAA